UCCUAGGACGGGUUUCGUUCGUCCAUACUAUUUCUCCAUCGCCCUCAUCUCUGGGAGGAAGUUGGGAAUCUGGCCAAUUAACACUGCAGAUAUCCAUCAUCUUUCUUCCCAGAUCGCUCACUCAUCUUAUUCUCUAAUACUGUCAGCACGAAAAACACAAAAUGUCUGCAAAAGGCACUAUUAUCCUUACCGGCGCCAAUGGUGGUAUUGGAAGCGCCAUCGUAUCCCGCAUCCGCUCCUCGCCAGAGCUCUCCUCAUACCACGCCAUCUACACCGUACGAGAUGCUUCAUCCGUACCCCAAGAUCCAGAUCCUCGUCAGCAAUCCAACUCCGACACACAAAAUCAUGAGACUAUCUCUCUCGAGCUUACGAACCUUACAAGCGUCCGCACGGUGGCAGCCGGCAUCAAUGCACGAGUCGCAGCGGGCGAGAUCCCACCCAUUCGUGCCUUGAUUCUUAACGCUGGAUACAACGAAUUGAAUACUCAAAAAUUCACAGACGACGGCUUUGCGACAAUGUUUAUGGCUAAUUAUCUGGGUCAUUGGCUGCUUGUUCUGUUACUAGUGCAGAGCAUGGAUCGUGAUAUGGGUCGAAUCGUGGUGAUUGGCAGCAAGGCUCAUGAUCCCUCGUUGAGCCAGAAUGCUCGCCCUUUCAAAGAUGAGAAAUGGAGGACAAUGCUUCACGAGAGCACUGAUCCGAUUGCAUAUGGGACUUGGAGCUCGUUCAAAGAAGACCAAUCUUAUGCGAGCGGAAUGAGACGAUAUGGCGCUUCUAAACUCUGUGCUAUCAUGAUGAUCGGGGAACUCCAACGGCGUCUCUCCACCGACCCCGCCCUCUCCAACGUCUCCAUUCUCGGCGUCGAUCCCGGCACCGUCCCCACUAACCUAGCCCGCCACAGCCCUUUUUUCAUCCGAGUGAUCUUGUUCCAGCUUCUUCUCCCGAUACUUGCCGCUAUCAAGCAUUGGCGCAACCCUACUGGUAACAACGACAUCCGUACACCCGAAAAGUCUGCAGGGGAUAUUUUGGCGGCGGCUUUGGAUUGUAACCCUGUUCUGGGAGAGCGGCCGCAGGGAAUGUAUCUGGAUGGCUCUGAGGUGGCUGAGAUUAGUCCUGAAGCUAGGGAUGAGAGCAAGAGGUUGAUGGUGUGGAGGGAUAGUGUGAGGUAUACGGGGCUGAAGGGGGAGGAGACCAUGCUGGUGAAUUGGGAGUAACUAUGUCUUUCAACUGAAGUGGUUUUCAUUUCUACGUAUUCCUGAAAAGCCACGCUUCAUUAAUGAUGAAGGAUAUUAAUACUGUCUUGUUAAUAUAUGCUUCUAUUCUUGAGUACCAUAAUAGACUCCUACGACGAAGGAAUCUUAUACCCACCAGGCACCUGCUGAGUAAAUACCAAAGUCGGAUCUACUCUCUCUCUAACCUUCUGCAACUGCCUAACGCUUUUGUGCCCAUAACUCUCAAUAGGAUCCUGAUUCUGACCCGCAUAGUUAAGAUAGACAUACGGAUCCAAUCCACCGAGCUGUCUAGCAGCGGCAUUGAUGCUAUUUAGAAGUGAAUGAGCCGUGGUGCCUACGAGCGCAUCAUCAUCGGGCGUAAUCCAUGUUGCGCUGAUGAGGGCGACAAUGAGGGAGUCUGCCCUGUCGUCGAGGCCCAUGGAAUUGGAGCUUGCAUGUCGAGAGUAGAAAAUUGGUGGGAGGGGUUCAAGGGCUAGUGCGAAGACGAUGUUUGGGAUAUUCUUGAUAGAGGGAACGCUGGAUUUCCAUGCUUCGUAGGCUGCUUUGAUGACUGGUG